GUGACAUUUGCUGCAAGGAGCUAGUUUAUGAACAACUAGCCGGAUGAAGAUGAAGAACUAGUGCAGGAAAUCGAAAAUAUUUUGCCUUUUAACAACUCAACUGACGUUUGUGUUACACUUUGUGAUCGUGCGCACAUUAGAGGAGACAGUUUGCAUUAAACGUAGCGUUAGGUAAAACUUCCUGUUUGGGUGAACACGUUAAAUAUUAGGCUAACGCUUUCUCUAAACUUAUAACGUUACAGUAAAUGUGAGUUCGGGUUGAGGCGGUGUUCUGGUUUGUUGUCGUGAGAACUGAAGUUAAUUUCGGUUUUUUUGUAUUGCAGUAUGGUUGGACGUUAGCGCUUAUGCUGGUUUGCACACAAGGUUAAAAUUAGCUUUAGCCAGCUAGCCAUCCCCCGCUUGCUGCAGCUUCUCACUUUGUUAUGCUGACUUGUCAUGCCAGGUGUGCUGGAAGUAGGCCAGGUGUGGUUUGGCAUAGAUAGGGUUCAGUGUGUGUAACGUGAUAAAACGUGCUCAGAGUGUAGGACUAACUCCAGCCAGUCUGCUUCAGGGAUUUUUGUUACUUCUGUGGAGCCAGAGUUGGGAUCAUGCUGCUCUCCUUGGUUGUGCACACAUACUCGCUGCGGUAUUGGUUCCCAGCCACGAUCAUGCUGGGUACAGCCCCAGCUUAUCUGCUAUCAUGGGGGGCUUGGCGCUUGCUUUCAACUGUCAUACCAGCGAGAAUGUAUCACAAGUUGGACGACCGGUUGUAUUGCAUCUACCAGAGUAUGGUGCUCUUCUUCUUUGAAAACUACACAGGAGUUGAGAUUGUUAUAUAUGGAGAUAUACCAAAGAACAAAGAGAAUGUGAUCUACCUGUCUAAUCACCAAUGUACAGCUGACUGGAUCAUUGCUGACAUGCUUGCCAUCAGGCAGAGUGCUCUUGGUCAUGUCAGAUACGUCCUUAAAGAUGGACUCAAGUGGCUGCCACUAUACGGAUGGUAUUUCUCUCAGCACGGAGGGGUCUAUGUGAAACGAAGUGCAAGGUUUAAUGAGACGGCUAUGAAGAAGAAGCUCCUCACUCAGACUCAAUCUGGAGCACCAAUGUACCUUGUCAUCUUCCCAGAAGGAACUCGGUAUAAUCCAGAGCUCAAGAAUGUUAUCGCUGACAGUCAGGCUUUUGCUACGAAAGAAGGACUGGCUGUUCUGAGGCACACACUUACACCCAGAAUGAAGGCCUCUCAUAUAGCCAUCAAAGCCAUGCAGGGCCACCUAGACGCUGUGUAUGAUGUCACAGUGGCCUACGAGGGAACGCUGAGCGCUUCUGGUCAAAGAAAACCCGCACCAUCAAUGCCAGAAUUCCUGUGCAAGGAAUGUCCGCGAGUCCACAUACACUUUGACCGUGUGGACAUAAAGGAAAUUCCUACAGAGCCACUGUUUUUCCGCAGGUGGCUGCACGAGCGGUUCGAAAUGAAGGACCGGCUGCUGACGGAUUUCUACGAGUCGGAGGAUCCAGACAAAGUAUGCAGGUUCCCUGGAGGAGGCAAACAUUCUCCACUGAAUCCGUCUAAAACCCUCCCAUCAGUGGUUAUCUUGGGGGGCCUGACACUGCCUUUACUGCUGACGGAGAACGGCAGGAAACUGUACGUGAGAACCUGGGUUUACGGGACACUGCUGGGCUGGCUGUGGGUGAACCUUUCCCCUUAAGGUACAGGGCUGAGGCUGCCGUGAUGAGAUGCAUAAAAGACGUGGAGAGACUGUGCCAUUUUCCUGUGUCACAACAACACAAGGUGUGUUCCAGAUGCUGAGCAGCGUCUGAUAAGAGGCUCAGAGAUUUAUCCCACGUCUCGCUCACUGUUGACCUUGAGCUGAUAGCUGAUCAGAGAUGCGGAGAAAUGUUAAGCUUUUUGUGCUUCUUGUUCCCUCGCAUUAUUUGGAUUUGCAGCCUGAAAUGAUGAGAAAACAUGAGUGGAUUUGUGGAAAAGUAUUAGAUCUAAAAAUACCCAAUAAUAAUAAUUUUUUAAAAAGCUAUAAACUUGUAUUGAAAUUUCCCAUCAUCAGAUUUAGCCAAAUUUGUAUUCUUGCAUGCUAACCAUGAAACAUUGGCCAGUGAUAAAUCUCUUGGAUGACAUUUGUUAAAUUCUCAAAACCUGUUUUAAUGGUCAUGGUUAGCUACUGUAUGUAGCUGACCUAGCCCACUGAUGAUGGGUCAAUAUUUAUUAAGUGCACUGACUCAUUAACAUUGGUUGUAAUGUCUGUUAUUUUUGCCAAGUCCCAUGUUAUGAGGAUUAUGCAAUUUGCUCAUUUAAAGUGAUACUUUUACAUUAGUAGAACAAAACGAAUAGCAUGCAGUCCUCUGUAGGAGCUAAUAAACAUAACACCAGCUGCACCAGAAAUAUUCAGUCAUCACUUUGUUCUAUACUGAUAAUGAAUGUAGCCGUGAAAACGUGUUAAUGUAUGCUUCUAUGAAAGAGUAAAUGUUUUGAGGAUUUAGAUUUUUACUAAUGUUAACAUCCUUGAGAAAAUACAAUCCGUUUAUAUUUUUGAGCAAAGUGUUUGUCGCUGACGACGCCACAGUGAGAUCAUGUGGAAGAGUGCGUGUUAAAAAUGCAAAUGUUCUACCAAUGUAAAAUAUUGCUCCUUUUAAAAUGUCAGUCAUUGCCAAAAAAACCCCACCUGGUGUAUUUACCAUGAAGUUCUACAAGUUGAGCAAUACUCAUUUUAAUGCCAGCGCAGAUGACAGCAAAGAAACCUCAUGUCGAUGUAUUUUUGUUUUGUUUUAUUGGCCUAAAUACAUUAUAAUUAGAUUUUUCUUUUUCACUUUAUUCACAGUUCCAUAACUUUUUAUAUGCAUUUGUUACUUUGAAUACCAUGUUACAGCUCAAUUAUCUACCUAGCAAAAAGCUGAUGAAGCCAUGGCAAUGGUAUAUCACAGGCUGGUGUGCACUCAAAGCCAUUUGUAUUAAAAUUAUCACUGUAUUUGUGAAAUGCACUGUAUGUCUGUUGUUGUUUACUGUAAUGAAACCAUUGCUUUUUCCACAAGUCACUUUACAUAUUUGCCUUCUUGUCUUCCUCUGAAGUUAGUCUGAGAUAUGUUUUCCUCUUGUGUGUGUGGUACAGUAAAUGUUUUUACAUGUCGCUCUAAUACCUCACUUGAAUAAUCCUUUGUUGUUCUUCUUCCUUGUCGGCCAUUUUAUAGUCAUUUUUUAAUCCUGACAAGACCAGACUGUAACUCAUGAGCAAACUCUGUGUAGACAGUAUAUAAAUGCCAGCGGAUUUUGGAAAUGUGUGCCUUCUCUUUGGAGGCGCUGGUCCUCAGCCCUCUUGCAGAGGGCCACGUGGCUCUUUUCCACCAGGUGACUGCAUGGAGGCGCUCUGCUGGAGCUGCUGCUCACUGCAACAUUGUCUACAAUUCAUAGUGGCUUAUUUUUGCGCUAAGAAUGCAUUGAUUUACACUUUUCGAGGACUAUUAUUAUGAUUAUGAAAUGACGAAACCUUUAAUGUGUGAAAGUUUUGGAAAAGGGGGGGGUCAGAGUGUAAUAAAGCAGUUUUCUUCGGGGA